UGGUUUUUCUGGCCCGUGGAAAGUGUAACGGUGUUUGUUGGCUCGUGGAAGACAGCUCGUUGGCACCGCAGUGGGAAGUGGAUACUACCUUUCCCGGAGGAGUGUGCGAUUUCGAGAAGACGCAGCAGCGCCAACGAGGACAGCGGAUGCCACGGGAUGCCAGCCUCUGCCGGCAGCGCUGCUGACGGGGCGAGCGGCGGCGCGCCCAGCUGCGCGCGCAUCGUGCCGGCGCUGGUGGCAGCGGCCGCGCUGCUCGGCUGCGUCCUGGCGGACGCGGACCUCGACGUGGUGGCGUCGUUCGAGGAAGGCCGCUCGAUGGUCGGCACGGUCCACAACCUGGCCGUGUUCAAGCCCCGUGCCAAGCACUGCAUCAAGAACGUCAUCAACUAUCGGGACGCCCCGCCGGACAGGAGAGGGCGCUUCCACAUACUGCUGGGCCGUAUGGUGGAGUACGUCGACCAGAUGACGGAGCGCAACUACAACGCCAAGAUCAGGCUGCUGGCCAGGAGCGGUAGCAUGCUCCACAAGAAAUUCAGCGAUGCGUUCACGCGGUGCGUCCAGGACCCGUGCUCGCAGCCGCCGGAGCCUGGCUGGUGCCUUCAGAACAUGGUGAUGUUCUACUAUGACCCGGACAGGGGAUCCUGCAACGAGUUCACCUACACCGGCUGCGGCCGGAACUUCAACAACUUCCUCACUAAGCAGGAGUGCCGCAAGAUUUGCAUCGAAGGCCGGACGUGACAAGGCCAGUAAACACGCGAGUUGGGCGACGCCGAGGACGUUAUUGUUAAGCGCACGAACGCAGCACGCAAGCUAGUCAGCACGGGAACGCUUUUGCGGAAAAUAAAAGAGCAGUCCAAGUGGUCGUUUUCUUAAAAACAUUCAUUUUUCACGCGCUCAUCGAAACAGCAGUGCGCAUGCGCCAUUGCGAUGCGUGCCCG